AUGGGACAGUCUAGCAAGACGAACAAUAACAGCAGCAACCCAACAAAUAAAAAAAAGGAACGAACCAUUAGAUCAUGUAUUUUCUGUAGAAGAUCACAUGUUGUAUGUGAUGAAGGUAGACCAUGUUCUCGAUGCAUCAAGAGAGACAUUGCUCAUCUUUGUAAACUUGAUGAAGACGCUCCAACUGUUACGGGAACACUUCCCUCCUCUACUAAGAAUCCAUCAUCAUCAUCAUUGAAUAAUACCCCGAACGAUCCAAAUAUACAAUCACCGGCAGCAUCGUUUGUUAAUAAUAACAAUAAUACAAAUACAAACAUGCACGUGGAUAACAUAUUAGCAGGGUUGGAAACUGGGAUACCAAGUUUAUUCCUACAACAACAACCAAAUUUCAUCUCAGAAAAUGUCGGAUCAGAAUUUAGUUCACUCAAUGAAUUUUUAACAAUGUUAGAAAAUCCAUUAUUAGUUAAUCCUGCUGCACUUCCUCCUGAUUUAAAUACAAAUACAAAUACGAGUACAAACGGGAUCUCGGUUCCUCAUACAAAGGUAGACCCUAAUACGAAUUAUCCUGCCAUUCAGCCGAAACAACCUACUAUUGAUAAUGCUACAACGAAAAACAAUAGCAUGCUGAGUUCUACUAGCAUCGUUCCAAAUAUAAGCACUACCACUACUACUGACACAAACGUAAAUCUGCCGUAUAAUACCAAUAAUGAUAUGAAUGUAAGCAAUAACAACAUCACGUCAAGAAAUGAACAAGUAGUGCAGGAACAAGAAACAGAAAACGGUAACAAUAUAAGCAGUAGAAGAGGAAGUUCACGUUCGACCUCAUAUGAGCAAGCUCCUACACCAAGAGAACAAUUCUUCUUAACAGCAGCAGACCCCAGUACGGAAAUCACCCCUGAGGAUAGAUUAAAAUUGGUAAUCAAUGCUAAGUUAGAAGCUGGUUUAUUAAAGCCGUACGAUUAUGCCAAGGGCUAUGGUCGAUUACAACGAUACAUGGAUGAUCAUAUGGAUAUUAUAUCUAAACAGCGCAUUUUAAAACCUUUAUCUAGUAUUCGACCUGCUUUUAGAAGUAUUGCUAGAUCUUUGAAAGAUUUAGAUUUGAUGCUUGUGGAGGAGAAUUUCGAAAGAUUGUUAUUGUCUUAUGAUAGAGUUUUCACUUCGAUGAGUAUGCCUGCUUGUCUUUGGCGACGUACGGGAGAAAUUUAUAGAGCUAAUAAAGAAUUUGCCAUGCUGGUAGAUUGUACUGUGGAUGAAUUGAGAGAUGGGAAAUUGGCUGUUUAUGAAUUGAUGACAGAGGAGAGUGCUGUUAAUUUUUGGGAGAAAUAUGGAUCUAUUGCAUUUGAUAAGGGCCAAAAGGCUGUCUUGACGAGUUGUCAUUUGAAGACUAGGAAUGGUGAUAAAGAAUGUAACUGUUGUUUCAGUUUUACAAUUAGAAGAGAUCGGUAUAAUAUUCCUAUAUGUAUAGUUGGUAAUUUUAUACCCAUCACCUAA